AUGGAGAACAAGACAAUGGUGAGCAAGUUCAUCUUAUUGGGCCUGACCAAUCUUCAAGAACUGCAACAUUUCCUCUUCCUUUUCUUCCUGCUGCUAUACCUCUGCAGUCUGCUAGGAAACACUACCAUCAUCUUUGUGGUUCUGUCUGAGCCUCGACUUCACACACCCAUGUACUUCUUCCUCAGCAAUCUUUCCUGCCUGGACAUUUGCUAUGCUACAGUCACCAUGCCCAAGAUGUUGGCUGGCUUUAUAGUAAGGCCUCAGACUAUUUCUUUCACUGGGUGUCUGGCCCAACUCCAUUUCUUCCACUUCACAGGAAGCAGCGAAGGUGUUCUUUUGGCAGUCAUGGCAUAUGACCGCUGUUUGGCAAUAUGCAACCCUCUACGCUACACCAUGAUUAUGAACAAAUAUGUUUGCUUGUCACUUUCAGUGGCCACUUGGACCACUGGAUUCUGCCAUGCACUGAUGCACACCGUGAUGACCUCCCAACUGCACUUCUGUGGCCCAAACCUUGUUCAGCAUUUCUUCUGUGACAUCAAACCCCUCUUGAGAUUGGCCUGUGGUAGCAUCAAACUCAACAUCAGCCUCCUCAAUAUUGUGACUGGCUUAGUUGUCAUGAUCCCUUUCAUCCUCACACUUCUCUCCUACCUCUAUAUCAUCACUUUCCUCCUCCUGAAGGUCCAGUCGCGUGAAGCCAGAUGGAAGGCCUUCUCUACCUGCAGCUCCCACCUAACAGUUGUGGCUUUGCUCUAUGUACCUGUCCUGUUCAAUUAUUUGCCCCCUACCUCUGGAGACUCACCACAAUGGAACAUGCUGACCACCCUCAUGUACAAUGUAGGUGUUUCAGUACUAAACCCCCUUGUUUACACUCUGAGGAAUAAAGAGAUGAAAUCCGCCAUACAGAAAAUGCUGAACAGAAAAGUUAUUCACUGA